CUCAUACAGCUGCUCACACUUCAACAAGCACCUGACAGUAAAGCAGAAUCCUUUUCACCAAAGACUCACCUGAGGGACUCAGUUUGUUGGACACUGUGGACUCGCUUUUUGGAUUUUGUUCUGUCACCACACACGAGAGCGAACAUGUCGAUGGGUAUGGAGAUCGUGGGCAUUGCCUUUGGAGUCAUUGGUUUUCUUAUAGCCAUAUUAUCAUGUGCCCUACCAAUGUGGAGGGUGACUGCCUUCAUCGGCGCUAACAUCGUCACUGCUCAGAUCAUCCAGGAGGGUUUGUGGAUGAGCUGUGUUGUCCAGAGCACAGGUCAGAUGCAGUGCAAGGUCUACGACUCGCUGCUGGCCUUGUCUCAGGAACUGCAGGCAUCCAGAGCAAUGAUGGUUGUUGCCAUUAUACUCGGAGUGCUGGGCGUCAUGAUCUCCAUAGUCGGCGCCAAGUGCACCAACUGCAUUGAAGAGGAAGGAAGCAAAGCCAAAGUGAUGAUCAUCGCUGGUGUCUUCUUCAUCCUCAGUGGCCUCUUGGUUCUCAUCCCUGUUUCUUGGACUGCCAAUGUUAUCAUCAUGAAUUUCUACAACCCUACUCUGCUCACGUCUCAGAAGAUGGAGCUAGGGGCGUCACUCUACAUAGGCUGGGCUGCAGCCGGACUGUUUCUGAUCGGAGGGGCAAUGUUGUGCACUAGCUGCCCACCGAAAGAAAAGAAAUAUCUGCCACCCAGGAUGGGGUACUCGGCCCCACGCAGCAUUAGUGCAGGUGGAGGAUAUGACAAGAAAGACUACGUCUGAAUUAAUGCUGAAGGAUGAAAGGAAAAUUAUUUUUGUGUGUGAGUUUUUGUCUGUAUGCAUGUUACUUUUUUUUACCGGAAACCACAGCGUGAAUCCGACUGAAAGACUCCGAGAUGAAGAUGCUAUAGAAAUAUUAAUCUUCUGCUUUGCUUUUAGCUGAUAUGUUUAUUCACAUCCUUUUGUUUUGCUUAAAAAAAAAGACUUAGAUUUUUCAGUGCUUGAACAUGGGAGCUUAAACAAAUAACUUUAUUCUUUUAAGAUUUUUAACUGGGAAAAUUUCUUGGCAUUAUGUGAAUUUGAAAACACCUGUGUGUCGUCCUCUUAUUAGCUCUUGGCUGGUUGCGUGGUGUUGUGUUUCACUGAAACCUGCUGUUAAAAUGUGAUCUGUCAUUUCACUGACAAUGACCAGGAAGAGUCAGCUCUCAUUUUACAUGCAUUUGGUUGGUGUGAUUGUUCAGUGUGUGCGUGUGUUUUGCAUGACCUGUAAUAUUUGCUUAAGAGAGUUUCUGCUGAGACUGAAACUACAGAUAGAUCCAAUACUGCCCCAGGUGAAACUUUGUCUUCCUUUUCACAGUUUCACUGUGUGUGCAAAUAGAAAAGAGUUUUUCAUGUAAGGAUAACUUUAUUUCAAAUGUCUGUAUAUUCAUGUGUUUAAAAUUUAUUUCAAAAUGUUCAAAUAUUCAAAUAUGUUCUACACUAUGCUCCUUUCUUUUAUUUUUUUAUUUUCUGGAAGUUGACAAUGAGCGUUAGUCACAAUUUUUUCUCAAUGAUUUUUUAAAGUUUUUGAAUAGAUUAUAACCCAUGUCUGGUCCAUUUUUUUGUUAAGCAUAUAACCAAGGACCUCUUUAGUGUAUAUUUAUGUGUCCGUGAUGCUCCAAGGAUCCCAUGUUUAGACCCUUUUAAAAAGUAUGUAACCAAGAUCCUCUUAGUAUAUUUAUGUUUGUAACACCACAGCAGUUUGCAAAGUACAUAUGUGUUUGUAUUUCACAGAUACUGGUUGGUUUUCUUUGUGUAUUUGCUUGGUUGGUUUGUGCAGUUCGUGUGUGUGUGUGUGUGUGUGUGUGUGUGUGUGUGUGUGUGUGUGUGUGUGUGUGUGUGUGUGUGUGUGUGUGUGUGUAAGUUUAUAAUUUCUUCAUUUCUUAAGUGAGUGAAAUUGUUCAAAUAUGUGUCUAUGCUUAAUUUGCUGUUCUAUAUUGCCAUUGUAAAUUCAAAUGUGUUGAAAAUUAACAAAAUAAUAGUAAUACUACUGCUAAUAAUAAUAGUUUUAAUAAAAUUCUUCUUAG